CACCACGGCUCUCUCCCCAAAAAGAAGUUUCUCGGUGCUUCUUCUUCCACGCGGCCGGUAGAAUGGGACUCCGCGGCUCAAAAUAGCCGCGCGGCAGGGAGGGCCGACACACCAACUCCGUAAUACCCGAGCCCAGGGUUUGGAGCCGGAGUCUCGGAGGGCAACGCCGCAAGCCGGUCUCCGAAACUCCGUUGGAGGCCGCUUUCUUUUGCCAGCUCCAAACCGGUGACCCGCGUAGGUCAUCGUCGUCGCUCAUUUUUUUUUUUUUUCUUUUCGUGUGUGCUGUAACAGCUCUCGAUCUAGGCCCAACGUCGCCCCUGAAGAAUAUCGUCGAAGCAAAGUCAUCGUGUCGGCGCGCGUGCACACGGCCGUCACUGACGACUUCGAGACAGGAUCGGACAGUGGAGUUGCUUUUGUUUUAAUUUUUUUGUUGUUAAUCUUAGCCUAGUCUUCUGACUACGCUCUGCAAAUGCGACUCAGCGUCCUUGAGUGAGAGAGUGAAAACUUUUUUCUUUUUUUUUUCGCUUGUGGCGCGUGAACGUCGGACGUGGUACGGAUGUCAUCCGGAUUCGAUCCGAGGCGCCAGGGCGGCCCGUUCAGCCCGAGCGUUCCGCUGACGCCUGGCGGCUCAGUGGACCCAAACCGCGCGGCCUUCGCCAGCGCCAAUCGCGGGUCCCCGUCCUCGCCCAACUGGUCGCAGUCCUGGCCCCCGCCACCCCCCGAAGAAUCCCCGCAACCGAUGUUCUACAGCACGGGGGGUCUGUUCCCGGCGCAGGGACCGUGCACCCCGCCGCCCCCGCCACCGCCGUCCAUGGUAUCCCCCAACGUCCACCACAACGCCUUCCCGAUACCCCCGCCACCCCAGCCGGGGGGAAGGGUGUCCCCACGCAGCGCCGGUCCCAACAACGCUCCUCCCCAAUUCCCUAUUCCACCGCCACCUCAGCAACGCGGUGGCGCGUCACCGACGGGUGGCUACAGCCCUAACACCGCGCAGUACCCGAUUCCGCGGCCUCCGAUGCCGCAAGGUGGCAAGAUGUCACCAGGGGGAGGCUACAACCCCAAUGCGGCUCCCUUUCCGGUUCCUCCGCCACCGCCGCCCGCGGCGCAGAUCGUGACGUCAUCGGGCGUCAACCAGCACAUGGCACCUCAGUUCCAGCUGCCGCCGCCACCGCCAUCUAUGCUGCAGGGAGGGAUGAGCUCACCCGAGGUGGUGGCGCCGCCGCCGCCACCUCCUCCUCCUCCAGCAGUAGCACCUCCUAUGGGAGGCCCUGGAGGAGCACCACCUCCGCCACCGCCUCCGCCACCCCCGCCACCUGGGGCUGGUGGACCGACUUGGAGAGAGAAGCAGAUGGCAGCUCAGGGACCUCAGGACUUCAGCAACUUGCCGCCUCAGCUGCACGGAACACUCGGCAAGGACAAGAAGCCUUUCACCUACACUCCGGGUGGCCUUGAUCUGUCCGAGAUCAAGUCGCCGAGGAUCCAGAGGCGGAUUGAGGCCCGUCAGCAGGCAGCGGCGGCUCAGGGCGAAGGCUGGGGGGACCCAGCCAGCCAGGGAGUCAGCCGACAGAUGGAAGGCCUGAACCUGGACGGCUCCCCGCAGCAAGACCGCUACGCGGACCCCAACCGAACGCGCGGCCAGGGCGGCUUCCGGUCCCCGGAACCGACCGACGCCGGAAGAGACUUCGUCCAGUCCAAGUCCUUCCGGGUCCUGCAAAAGAUCACGGAUACGGACUCGCCCGACUACCAGCCACCGCCUCCGCGGCCUCGCGAGGAAGAUGAGAUGCGCUUCACUGGACUCCGCCGGGACCAGAUCCCGUCGCGGUCCUUCCAAGUCCUCCAGAAGAUGACCGGUGCCGACGACCCGCAACAGGGCUACCAGCAGCAGGGCUACCAGCAGCAGGGCUACCAGCAGCAGGGCUACCCGCAGCAGGGAUAUGGCCAGCAGCAGUUCCAGCAGGAGCCUCCGCCCGAUAUUCGUGAGUACUGCAACCAUCCGGAAGAGCUGGACGAUGCCACGGUCAACCCGCGGUACCGAGGUCCCAACAUCCCGUCCAGGUCAUUCAAGGUGCUUCAGGAAAUGACUGGUGCGGACGGCACUCCCUUGGCCCCGUCAGUCUUCCAGCAUCGUCAACAGCAACAGCAACCGCGACAACAGCAACAGCAGCAGCAGCCCGGACAGCCCAAGCCGCGCAAGACGACUCAGAUGACCAUCCAGCUGGGCGGUCCUUCUAGCGAGCAGGGCUACACGGGACCCCCGGCGCAAGGGGGUGUCGUGUACACCCCCGAAAAGGUGUUCCCGCAGCCCAACGUGCCGGCGUCCAUGCAGGAGGCCGAGGCCGAGCCGCGCAAGUACACCGGCGGACACAUCCCGUCCAGGUCCUUCAAGAUGCUCCAGGCCAUGACGGGGGAACCCCAGGGGGGACCGCCCGAUGACGGCUCGACAGAAUAUUAGAAGUCGCCCCCGGACACGCAGCAACCAGUACAACCUUUCUUUUCGCGGCAGUUUCGAGUGCGCCGCCACCCAACACCAACAUGAUGCUGAUCUUCAGCUCGCGUAUAGCCGAUUUCGACAGACUUGGGAAUGUAUGCGUGCGUCGCGCCAAUAUUUUGCGUACGUCGGCAUGUUCGUGAUAUCGACAAAUACGCGUUUGCCAGCGAUUCAACUCUAUACAAAAAAAAAAAGUUUGUGAGGUAAUUUUUUUUGCGGACACGGAGUCAACCAGUCGUGGCACGAAACAGAAAAAUCCCAACUCGUAUUUUUUUUUUUUUUUUUGUCUAAUUAUAUUUUGAGUUUUGCGAUUCGCUGAGAUUCUUGUAAUGUUUGCCGGGGAUUCGUUGUCUCGUGUUCUGUAGGAAAGCAAACUCACAGACCCUCUUUUGUUUAGGAUGUACCAAUACUCGCGAGAGAAAGUCUGAAUGUUUACGCAACAACGGUUGGGAUUGGGGGAAUGCUCCCCUGCGGCAUAAAACAACAUCCUCUGAUGAAAUAGCUUUGCAACAAAGCAAGACGCUCAAAUGCUAUUUAGACGCUGAGAAGAUACUUGUUUCACAAAUACUCAUAAUGCUUUUGUUUUACUUUUUUUUUUAACGUCGCGAUUGCAGCAGUUGUGUUUCCGGA